UAUGACAUUGAAGGUAACGGAGUGCCGAAGCUUGGAGAUGCUGCUGUGAGCAGAGUGAAAGCAUGGAUGUCUCGGGUGUGUUUUUCUUUUACAGCGCGAUGUUCAAUCCAUGCGUCGAUCAUUUCGACACUUGAACACAUGGUACGUCAUCGACAACAGUCAUUUUCGCGAGCUUUCUGAUUUGCACUGUUAGAUCAUCUCUCAGUGGUCGCUGUCAACCUCAUCAUCAUGGAGGGCCAGUAUGUCACCAUUCAUGGACUCAACAUCACUCACAGCCCUCUUGGAGCACCAGCCAUGUCUAUUGACAAACUUUUCCCAGCUCUGCUGGAGUGCUUUGGGAUCAUCCUCUGCGGCUAUGUGGCGGGCCGCAGUGACAUCAUCAGCACUGGCCAGGUCAAAGGCCUUGGAAAUUUUGUGUCACAUUUCGCACUUCCUGCGUUGCUCUUCAAGAACAUGGUGCAGCUGCAGUUUCAGCAUGUCGUCUGGUCUUUUCUAUGGAGCGUUUUGAUUGCAAAAGUGUGUGUGUUCUUGCUAGUUUGUGUGCUGACGCUGUUGGUGGCGAAUCCGGAGAGCAAAUACAGUAAAGCCGGGCUGUUUGCUAUCUUUGCCACUCAGAGCAAUGACUUUGCACUGGGAUAUCCUAUAGUGGAUGCGCUGUACAGAGGUUCGCACCCAGAGUAUAUGCAGUAUAUAUAUCUGGUCGCUCCUGUGUCUCUGAUGCUGCUGAACCCCGUGGGCUUUGCCUUGUGUGAGAUUCAGAGAUGGAGACACACCAGUGACUGCAACUACAGCAAACUGCAUGUGAUCUUUACAGUCGUCCUGCAGGUUUUGAAGAACCCGAUAGUCUUCAUGGUUAUUGUUGGAAUUCUCUCUCAUUUCCUGUUUGGUGGACGUGUGCCUGUUUUGCUAGGAGAGUUUGUUGAUGGACUAGCAAAUUCUUUCGGAGGGGCGGCCCUCUUUUAUCUGGGCCUGAACAUGGUGGGACAGAUGGGUAAACUCACACGUGCCACUGGGGUUUCCCUUAUCCUGCUUAUCACUGCCAAACUACUUGUUAUGCCAUUGAUGUGCAAGGACAUGGUGGAGCUGUUGGAUGCCGGCAAUUCCAGCUCCCUAAAUCACUCCAGCCUGUCUGAUUAUGCAUUCCUUUAUGGAGUCUUCCCCACCGCUCCCAGCGUGGCCAUAUAUGCUGCCCAGUACAACAUGGAGCUGGAGGUGGUGACCUCUGGUAUGGUCAUUAGCACAUUCCUAUCAGCGCCCAUCAUGUAUGUGUCAGCGUGGUUACUGACCAUUCCAUGGAUGGAGGCCACAUCCCUGGUGACGGAGCUGCAGGACGUGAGCUUUAACAUCAGCAUUGUCAGCCUAAUAGCCCUGGGCUGGACCCUUGCUGUCAUGCUGCUGAGUAAGAAGUUCAGGAGGCUGCCACAUAUGUUUGCCACAAAUCUGUUUUUAGCACAGCUAGUAGCGUGCGUGUCAAUGAUGCUGUGGAAGUUUGUUCUGAAGCAGGAGAACGCGUUUGGCCAAAUUAUCACUUUUACUCUACUUUAUGGAUCUCUAUACAGUACCUACAUGUGGACAGGUCUUUUGGCCUUCGCUCUUACUUUAUUGGGCAGAAAUGAAAACUUGAAAGUGAAACCUGUCUUUUUCAUCAUCUUUGGAUGGGGAAUUCCUUUUCUGAUUGUGGGCGGGCUGCUAAUGAUAGGACAAAGAAUGAGUGACAACUUGGACUCCGCCUUCUUCUAUGGCAAAGGGCAGAUUGUGUGUACUGUGGUAGUUCUGGGCUGCAGCAUCACGCUGGGUGGUCUGUCUUUGAUGAGUUUGAGCCGAGGAGCUCAGGAGGAGCAGAAUUAUCAAGCUCUAGAUCAGAACUCCAUGACAGGCACAGCAGAAGAUGCGAGACAACCCCAGACAGAGAACCAGCGCUCAUCUGAGCUAGAACAAACCUACAGCAGCCUUAACACAGAUGUUUGUGAACCCAUGCCAGAUAUGAUAGUUGGACAUCUUAAUGACUCGCCGGUGCCUUCAGCAGGGAUUUUCCUGAGAGAGGCAUCAAGCUCUUCGCGUGUGCAGGAGGAGAGACAGAUAGCUCGACACGUGCUCCUCUGCCUGCUCCUCGUCGUCAGCAUGCUGGCUAACUUGUCCAGCUGCCUGUGGUGGUUAUUUAAUGCUGAUCCAGGACGACUUUACCUCGAACUGCAGUUCUUUUGUGCUGUAGCCAAUUACGGACAGGGUUUUGUUUCCUUUGGAAUUUUUGGGUUAGAUGAGCAUCUUAUUAUUCUUCCAUUCAAAAAGAGGCUGGCUACUUUGUGUGGUUUUGGUGAGCAUGAGAGCCCUGAGUCUGCUGCUGUUCCUGAGGAAAUACGACUGACUUGCACACAGUUUGUGAGAUACCACAAAGAUCAGUGUGUUCAGGAUAUUGUUCGCAAUAGAGGUGGGUCUUCUGAAUCACUCAGCGCACCCGUUGGUGAAUCAUUUCUUUGAUUGGCAGGUGUACUCACUGGUAUAUGAGUAUUGUUUGGUAUACUGGCAGUGUGUUCAUUGGCUCCUGUGUGAAUGCGUGGCAAAGACAGAAAUGCGUGGCCUUGUUUUCAGGACACAGCUGCAGAAGAGCGGUUUUACUCAAUGUGACCCAUAUAUAUGGCUUCCAAUUCCCUGUGAUAUUGCUUCAAAUGUACCUCCACUUUGUAAUGUGAAACAAGCCCAAGAAAGAACUAAAUAGACUCAAUUAUGACUGAGCUAUGAAACAAGCUGUUCUCUCAUCAGUAUUUGUUAUACUUUUUGAAUUACUAUGCAUGGCAUGCAGAGAGCACAGAAUUCUCCCUUUAUCUCAUUCAGUAGCCCUCAAAUUACUCCAACACUUGCUCUGUUCCAAAUCCUGGUGAGCUGCCUAUGAAGGGAGCAUUUUAAGGCAUCAUAGACAUCGACGAAAAGGCAACGUUUUUUAAGGCAGCAGAGCAUGUAGACUCUGUGAAAAGGCGAUCCCAGAGACAUCCUUCAGUGAAAAAUGAAUCCAAGAUGGUUGAUGAGUUGAAUUAAAAUAGUGUUAUUCUGUCCCGUAUUAAUGUGUGCUAGGUAUUUAUGGGUAUUACUCUUAUAUUUGCUACUGUUAAACACUGUUUAAUUCUUGAAAGUUGAGUCUCUUAUGCAGUACCCUAUUUGUAUGGUGCACGGUUGUAUGGUUGUGUUUCUUAAUAGUCGACAAGAAUGCUGCUUUAGAAGGCUUUGGAACAGAGCAUGAAUGUGAACUAAUUGUUAUAAUUACAUUAAUUAUGAUGAAAUGGUCGCCGAAACACUGAAAUAUGCUGUCUACACAAGUGCUGUAAAACACUUACUGACUGGGAUUGAAUUGUAUGCUUUGUAUCACUUGUCAGCCUUGUCUUAAUGACAAGACUGUACGGCCUUGUAGCAAAGCAAUGCAAGACAUGUUUACAAUCUUAAAAUUAUCAUAUACACAGUUAUGUUUUAAAGCUAACUCAUCAGAAAUUCAGGACAAUCUCUGGAAAUUACAAAUGGGGUCACUCCAUUUUCAAUCUACAGCAAUUUUUUAAUGUAUCUCAAUGCUGACUGAAGUGAAAAUAUUUUUAAGUAUCUUUCAUGUACGUACAUUUGUUUUGUUGAUGUUAAUCUGUAUAGGUGAUGGCAUUUAUAUAUAUAUAUAUCAUAAAUUUAAAUCUAGAUAUGUGAACUGACAGUAGAAAGCAGGACAGUCGCUGGUGAAAAGUUAUUUCUUUGUUGAUGUCAUAAAUCGUUUAAUUUUAUGUAUAAAAAUAAAGUUUAAAAACGUAUAAAA